CGCUUAGUAUAUUAAUUCUGAGCCCGACAUUUUAACGGUCAAUUCGACGUGCGGUCACAUUGCUUGGUGGAUGGUGGUCGAAAAAAAGUUGUUAAAAGCGCAGAAAAACGAUUGGUAAUGCAAGUGCUUCAGUGACUGUGAAAAAUGUCACCGAUUGAAGCCACUUCCGCGCAGCGAGUCCCACAACAAUAACAAAUAACCAGCGCCAAUGAUGUGAUGCAGCAGCUGGGGUUGAGUUCGGAAAACACAACCUUCAAGUAGUUUAGGACACCCACAAUCACCCGGAAUCGAGUCCGGACCAAAUCCACGAUGAGCUGGCUGCUGGGCCUCCUGGGGCUGCAGAUCCUGUUCCUCUGGCUCCUGCGGCUGCCCGGCGAGAUCCUGGCCAUACCCACGCCGCUCAAGUUGCCAGGCUACACCCACAGGCUGACGCCCUACAUCAAGCACUGGGAGGCGGCGAACUUUGAUCGCGGGGUGCUGCAGGCGGCGCAGGUCAGGCACCUGGAGCAGGCUCGCUUCCGGCAGAAGCGACAGGUGAGGCCUGAAGCAGAGGCCGAAGCCGAAGCCACACCGAGUGGACUGGCGCACACCAUCCGCCUGAAUUUCUCCGCCCACGACAGAGAUUUUCGCCUGGUGCUGCGUCAACAGCCGCAUUCGGUGUUCGCCCACGACGUGGAGAUCGAGAACACUCUGGGUCCCAUCGACUACGAUGUGUCGCGCAUCUACACCGGCAGCCUGGAGGAUGACGAGGAGGCCCAUGUGCAGGCGAUACUCACCAGCGACAACCUGCUGGACGGGACGAUAGAGACCCAGGCGGAGCACUACUACAUCGAGCCGGCGCAGCGCUAUUCCCAGCAGCUGGCCGAGAGCGGUGUCCACAGCAUAGUCUAUAAGUUAAGUGAUGUAAAUAUGCAGAAGGAGCAGUUCACCGGCGGAGGACUCAACUCCGCGGCGCCCGCCAAGACGCACUGCGCCAGCGAGAAGCUGAGGAAGAAGCGCUGGCUGCCGGAGGAGCUGGCCAUGUCGGAUGCUCCAGCGCCAACGUACAAUCGCAAUCCGCCCCUGCCGCUGGAUCUGGAGGUGCCCUACAACGACGACUUCCGCGUCCUGGCCUCCGAGGAGGACAAAAGCGAGGAGUCACCGAGGAAGUACCACCCCAGCACAUCCACGACCAGGAGCACUGUGCGCAGCACGGAGAGUUUCCUGGCCACGCUGACUAAGCCCACGUCGAACCGCAACAUACUUGUAAAUAACUACAAUCCCUCCAAUGUCGGCGAGGGAAGUCGCAGCUAUAGCAACAGCAACAGCAACAACUAUGCCAACAGCAAUAAUAAUAAUAAUAACAACAAUAAUAGCAAUAACAAUGUGCGGAAGUUGUACACGAAACACAAGAACAUUAUUGUGAGCACGUACAAUCGACCCAUCGAACCGGAAUUUGGAACGCCCUACGAGGAACCAAAUAACAAUGGUACCCGCGACCUGCCCAGUAACUUCUUCAAUGCCAACUGGACAACGCUCUUUCUGGGAAAUAACAACAAUGGCAACGACCGGCCCAGCCAUAAAACGCAUGUGGAGAUCAUCACCAAGAACGGAGCCACCAAGAAGCCAAAUAUCAUUGUGAAUAACUACAAUCCGGAGAUCAUAUUCGCCCCCAAUCCGCACAACCCAAGUUUCAACAGCAUGUUAAUGACGAAUCUGCUGAGCGGAAGGGGCGGCGACGAUAUCCAUAGUUCUCCAAGGCUGCUCUACGAUCGCAAGACUACCUGCAUGUUGUAUCUGCAGGCGGAUCACACGUUCUUCCAGAAAAUGGGUUCGGAUGAAGCGUCCAUAGAAGCUAUCACACGGCAUGUGCAGCGGGCCAAUACGAUCUACCGGAAUACGGACUUCAACAACGAUGGAAAACCAGAUAACAUCACGUUCAUGAUCAAGCGCAUCAAGGUGCACAACAUGAAUGCAAUGAAGGAUCCCAGCUACCGAUUCCCUGGCAACUAUGGUGUGGAAAAGUUUCUGGAACUGUUUUCGGAGGAGGACUAUGAUGCAUUUUGCUUGGCCUACAUGUUCACCUAUCGUGACUUCGAGAUGGGAACUUUGGGAUUGGCCUGGACGGGUGAUCUAAAAAACGCUGGCGGAGUUUGCGAGAAGAAUGGCCAUUAUAGAGGUUCGCUAAAGUCCCUCAAUACGGGGAUAGUCACUCUGUUGAACUAUGGAAAACAUGUUCCACCUGCAGUGUCUCAUGUGACAUUGGCCCAUGAAAUUGGCCACAACUUUGGAUCACCGCAUGACCCAGAGCAGUGUACUCCUGGUGGCGAGGAUGGAAACUUUAUCAUGUUUGCCCGUGCCACUUCGGGUGACAAGAAGAACAACAAUAAGUUCAGCACCUGCUCGCUGAAAUCAAUAGAACCAGUGCUGAAUGCCAAGGCACGUUCCAUGAAGGGAUGUUUCACAGAGCCGCAGUCCUCGAUUUGUGGCAAUGGCGUGGUGGAGCCGGGUGAGCAGUGCGACUGUGGUUGGGAGGAGGACUGCAAGGACUCGUGCUGCUUCCCCAUGUCAAGGCAACCGCGUCUGGAUGAGACUCCCUGCACGCUGACCCCACAUGCCCGCUGUAGUCCCUCGCAAGGACCCUGCUGCACCACCGACUGCAAGCUGAAGUUUGGUGACAAGUGCCGGGAUGAUAAUGGCUGCAGGGAUCCCUCCUUCUGUGAUGGCCGGGUGCCCCAGUGUCCUCCGUCGGUGAACAAGCCCAACAAGACCAUCUGCAACAAGGAGUUCGUCUGCUACAUGGGCGACUGCACGGGCAGUAUUUGCUUGGCCUACGGCCUGGAAUCGUGUCAGUGUAUUCCGGGACCCCAGGAUGAUCGGAUCAAGUCAUGCGAACUGUGCUGCAAGCUGCCAGGGGAGGAUAGUCCCUGCCGAAGUUCGUUCGAGUGGAAUGAGGCUCCCUUCGAUGUCCCCGAUAUGUACUCGAAGCCAGGAACGCCCUGUAAUGAUUAUAAUGGAUACUGUGAUGUCUUCCAAAAGUGCAGGGAGGUUGAUCCCUCUGGUCCAUUGGCCACAUUGCGUAAGCUCCUGCUUUCCGAGGAGAGCAUAGCCACCUUUAAGAAGUGGAUGCAGCACAACUGGUACACAGUAGCUCUGGCUGCCGUAGGUGUAAUUCUGCUCCUGGCGCUGAGCACAAAGCUGCUGGCGAAACGGUCGAAUCUGAAGCUUAAGUCCGUUACCAUUAUACACAGUGCCACCACGGAGACAGUGCGUCUGCCGGAGAACAACAACGGGGUGAUAGUGCACACAGCCGUGAGGACAAAGGUGCCCUUUAAAAAGAAGGUUCGGGGCGAGCGAAGCAAGAAACCGGGAACGGGAUCGGGAACGGUGACUCAAGCUGGACCCGGGGCAACAGCCACAGCGGCAGUUGCAUCCCGCAGUGCACCCAAAAGCAGUGCUAAUCCAGAGACCAAGAAGACCACCAGAAACCAAGCCAUGGCCAAGAAGAAAUCCCUUGAGGAGGAGCCCAAGAAAUCGAACAAAAAGCUGGGCAAGCACAUGAAGGAGAUCAUCGACUACUCGCAUCGCAACAACAACGGAGAUGAUGCCUCCAAUCUUUCGACCACCAACAACCAUACGAACACCUUUGGCAAGGUGCAAAAGUGGCUGCUGGAGUCGCCCAUUGUGGCCCAACCAUUGUCGCAUAUCGAGCACAGUUCUCGGGUGCGCAAGGUUAUGAGCAAAUCGCAAUCCACGCCAGAGAGACUGGUGCAGAAGACACCGCAGAAGACCAAAUCCAUGGGUAACCUGUCCAACGAGAAAGUCAAACUGCAGGUGGUCUACAAGCCGCCCUUUAAGUUCUCCCUAAGGUUGUCCAAGAAGCCAAAGGUGAAAACACAUGUGGUGGGGGCAGGUGUGAGGCCAAAAAGAGGCCAAAAGGCUAGUAACCGAACUGCUGGCCAAUCCUCCUCGAAGGAUGUGUCUACGCGCGCCAAGAGAAGUGCCCUUUUGCUGUGCAACGAGGCGGAGGAUGAUAACCAGAUACUCACCCUCAACGAACCGAACUACGAGACCUUGAAGCCGCCAACACCGCCGCGUUCCAUGGAGCAUUGCUACGAGAAUGUGGACAUGCAGGCAGAGGCCUCCAGUUCAAAGCCGAGCAGCAGCAGCAAGGUGGCUCCUAGCAGCUCACAGAACAGAGCCAGUUUGGAGGCAGCUCCUCAUGCUCCAGCCGCUUCUGCGCCAAAAAACUCCUAUCGCAGGUCCAACUCCCUGUCCACCCACAAUCCCUUUGCGGCAGCUCCUCGCCGAAGCAGCAGCAAGGCCAGUGGAUCGGUGAAUCUCACGCGAAACUUUGGUAGCACGCAGAAUUUGAUCAACCUAAGCCAAAAUCUGGCCAAAACAAAGAAGCGCAGCAGUCUGAACCUGAAGGCCAGUGGCAGUGGAGCCACGAGAAGCGGGAAGGAUCCGCCAGCUAUGGCAGCUGCCUCGCCACAGAGACGUUCCUCGUCGAAUGCCAAUCUUCGCAGGGACAGCAGUGUGUCCUCCUCGAAGGCAGUGCCCGUUCCACCGACCAGGAACUCUCGGAAUAGCUUCAGCAAUAUUCCAAGGGCCAGUUUGGGAGGAGGCAGCAGCAAUGCCACCGCAAACACUGGGGCGCCGCCGCCCAGUUUCUCUCGCCAAUCUUCCAGCAGCACGGCCACCAGUAGCUCCUCCAUCACGCCAGGUGUGGCGCUGCAGCAAUCCGCUUCCACGAGCGCCAUGCAGCGUCAACCACCCACGCAGCCCAUCAGGAGAAGUCUAAAUAACUUCAGGACCCGCUCCACGGGCACAGCUGGAGCAGCAUCAACUGGAAAACCAGGAGCAGCAGGAGCAACACCUGCAGCAGCAAAAUCAACCGAGAACAAUGAGCUGCCCUCUGAUCUGGAGAUAGUCGUUUCCGAUGUGGAGAACCUGGUUAGCUAGGGGCAGCUCUCCCGUUCCAGUUUCCAAAACCAACCAAGUGAAAGUGAUAAGUCUUAAUGUUAGUUAUACAAAUUGUCGCAUAGGUUUACUUGCAUACAUAUAUAUAUAUUUGUACAUACAUUAUAUAUAUGUGUACUUUACACUGCCUUAAACUUGCCGUUUCUGCUGAAUAUGUGAAAAACCACGCCCACUCACACACAAACAAAAGACACUCGAACGCAUUCCACACGCCCAUAAAUCCCCCGACCAAGGCUCGCCCGUGCAUCACCACCCCUUUAAGCCGCCCAUUGAAGCACUAGCUAACCCACUCAAAUCCUCACCCACUGAAGCCACCGCAAUCCAAACCGCCAGCCGCACUUUGUACCUUCUACUGUUUACUGUUUGUAUUGUAUUGUAUUUUGUAAACUAGAAUUUUAUAAAUCCAGUCAAUUCCGGUUGCCAGACUCGAUCAAAUUAGGCGGUUUUAUUGAGAUAACAUUGUAUAAAAAUUUAACAUUUCCAAUUUACAAUCAAAGGUUAAAUAUUAUUAAUGUUAUAUAGCCUUUCCAAUUUGAUCGAAUUUGCAACUGGCAAAAGGUGUGUAUGCUCAGUUAUUCUUUUUCGAUUGAGCUUUACUUUAAAAUUUUAAAGUAACUACCAUUUCAAUCAUACAAUUUUCCAAUUUCAUAAUCCUUAAAAGAACGCAAUAGAAAUGGAAUACCUGAUUAUGCAGCCACUCCUUAUAUCUGCCUAAACUUGGCCUGUAUUUCAAGUUAAUUUCAAAACAGUAUUACUGAAAUUGUUAUGUACCUUCUAAAUACUUAUAUUGCUUAGUUUGCCUGCUCUUCAAGUUUCGAACAACGAUCACUACUCAUCUGAACUACGACGACAUACAGAACAAUACAAGGUGCUAUUUUAGUAACGAAUUAAAACGAUAAAAUAUUAGCCGAGAACAUUUCAAAAAUCCUUUGCAUAUUUUCUCAAGAUCAAAACUAAGAUAAGAAAGGAUUGAGGUUGGUGUAGUCCACGAAGUAGCAUAUAUGGAAAAUAGAAAAAAAAAGAGGAGCCGGGGAAAGUUGCAAAUAGUUGUACGGAAUAGAUACACAGAUUAACCAACGAUACUGUCAAUAAAUCAAAAGCAUAAUGCAUCGAAAGUAGGUUUUAGAGAAUGCCCAGCAGCAAGGCCACAUAGAAAGUUAGCCACCCAGACACUAACAUUAAUCCACCCGAUCCCCUGUAGCACCGGCACCUGUAAACAAGCAUCGAUCCCAUAGUAAGACCUGCAAUUUCGUAGUCUUUAGUGUACAUAGAAUAACGAAUGGACAUAGUUUUUAUAUGCAAUACCACGUUAGAGCAAUGCGAACAAACAAUAAUGAGGCACCUAACGAUAUUCAUACAUACGUAGGAUAUAGAGUCACAUUCCGAAUCGAAUCACUGAGCGGCGGCUUUCAAGUUACACACUAACACCUAACACCCCAACAAUAACGAUCUUUAGGCUAAGGAUAACGAUUGAUAUUUGUAGCUAUAUGAAUGUGUAGGAAAUCAAAGGCGUAUCAAAAAAAUAUAUACAUACAUCCAUAUGGGGCGUGCAAUAACCAUUGCAAUUUUAUGAGCAUUUGGGUAUAUUUUUGUGGAAUAUACAAGAUACAACAUACAAGAUAGAAGAUAUAAGCUCAGCUCAAGAAACCGACAGCCGACCCAAAAUAUUGAAUAUUGACAGACAGACAGUUAACGCGUUGGCCAGUAAUAAAACGGAGAACGGAAAUAGUUAAAACGAGUACGCGACAAUCGCUUUGAAAUGCUUAACAUAAAAACAAACAAAAAAUAAUGGUAAGCCCGAGAAUCGAAUUGAAGUUUAGUUUCUACUUUGUCUUGACUACAUAUUUCAAUACCAAACUAUACAAAAUAAUGGCAGGCAAAAAAAACUUACCAAAAAAUGAUAACACUAGGAAACAUUAAAAAUACAUUGGAACGGGAGUAUGUGUGCCCAAUAAUUUUCCAUAAUUUUAAGCCAAAUAGGGACAUGCUAACUAUUGGCAUGAUUUUUUCAACCACUUAAGCUCAAUUGGAAAAUCAAAACUUCAAGGAACAUCUAUUCCCAUCCUGUGUGUUUUUAAAGAUCAAAUUAUAUUUCCCAGUGUACUUAAUGAGAUGAAUAAGAGAACAUUUUGAAUAUUGCCAAUGUUUGUGUACUGUAUAUAAUUAAAUGCAAAUGAUUAUUGUCUAAGAUGAAUGGACGAGAGUAUUUUGAGCGUGACAAAAAGACUAUUUAGCGCGAAAUGAACAAUUUUUGUGUAAUGUAUAUAAGAAACCGAUUGAUUUUAAUCUAAAUAUACAUAAAUAUAAAUGUAAUUGUAAAACUGCAAACGAUUUUUAAAUCUGUAUGUGUAUUGUGUACCUCAAUUGUAAUUAAUUUUUAUACUUUUCACGAGAUGGAUUAAUGCUAUUUUUAUAAUUUAGCUAAAUGAAUUAUAAACACGUAUUUACGUCUCCCGAUCCCCCACGAAACCAUCGCCUACCCCUAGUUUUAAAUGUUGUCCAAGACCACAUCACCCAUCCAACAACCUACAUAAAAAUAUGUAAUUUUGUCAAUUAAGAACGCGUAAAUGUCUCUAAGAAGUCGAAAAAAUAAAAAAUGAAAUGAAACGAACAAAAGAAAACAAAAACCGAAGAGCAAAGAAGUGAAUACUAGCAUUUUACGAAUUAAUAUUUUAAAGACAAUUCAAAACAAUAAUUAACGUAUGUAUUAUGAUUAGCGAACAAAAAGCACAUGUGUGACAAUUCAGUUGUACUUUAUGUUACGAUUACUACAAUACUUUAUUUAUUAAUCUUAUUGUUAGGCAAUAACACACACGAGUGUAACUAAUUUUUAACCCGAACAUACACACACAUAUGCGAUACUUUAUAAUUUCCUCAUUUUAAGCAAAAUUCAAUUAACAAUAAAAACGAAACUAAUACUUAUGGAA